GUCCUGCUCGAGUCUUUGUUGCUGAAGCCUAAAGUACUGCUCAGUAUCCUUGCGCGCAAUGCGGAGCACAGUCUUCCCUACUUCUUGGGGUGCAUCGACAGGCUGGAAUAUCCUAAGGAUCGUAUCGCCAUCUGUGCUGCUGCAGACCACAGUGUGGACAACACCACAGCCAUGCUGCAGGAGUGGAUCAGAGGGGUGCAGAGCCAGUAUCAUUCUGUGAAGUGGACACCCAUGGAAGAACCAAGCUCGCAUGUGGGUGAGUUGGGGCCGAAGCACUGGCCUAACUCUCGGUUCACCCACGUGAUGAAGCUAAAACAGGCUGCUCUCAAAUCAGCUAGGGCUCUCUGGGCUGAUUACAUACUGUUUGUGGACACUGACAACUUGCUGACCAACCGGCGGGUGCUGACUGAGAUGAUAGCAGAGAAUUUAACGGUGGUAGCGCCCAUGUUGGAGUCCCGCGUCCUCUACUCCAACUUCUGGUGUGGCGUGACCCCACAGGGUUACUACAAACGCACCCCUGAGUACAUCCCCAUCAGGAACUGGAAACGCCAGGGCUGCUUCGCUGUUCCCAUGGUGCACUCUACCUUCCUGGUGGACCUGAGGCGGAGCGCUACCCGGGCGCUGGCCUUCCACCCUCCACACCACGAUUACACCUUCCCCCUGGAUGACAUCAUGGUCUUCGCCUUCUCUGCGCGGCGGGCAGAUGUGCAGAUGUACAUAUGUAAUAGAGAGCAUUAUGGGUAUCUGCCACUGCCUCUGAAGCAAGAGCAAAGUCUGGAGGAGGAGGUGGAGAGCUUUAGCCACACCAUGACCGAGGCUCUGAUCGAUUACCUCAUGAAGCCGUCCAAAUACAUGCACCAUACAGCUAAACCGCUGGAAAAGAUGGGAUUUGAUGAGAUCUUUCUGAUUAAUCUGAAGCGUCGCAUUGACCGGCGGGAUCGAAUGCUGAGCACCCUUGCCGUUCUGGGCAUUGAUAUCACACUGACAGAGGCGGUGGAUGGCAAAGCCCUGAACUCCUCCCAGCUGCAAGCGAUGGGCAUAGACAUGUUGCCUGGGUACAAAGACCCGUAUUCGGGGCGUGUGCUGACGCGAGGGGAGAUCGGCUGCUUCCUCAGUCACUACAACAUCUGGAAACAGGUGGUGGAACAGGGACUGCAGCGUGUGCUGGUGCUGGAGGAUGAUGUGAGGUUUGAGCCGCGUUUCCGCAGCAGACUGGUGACCAUCAUGGAGAACGUGGACCGAGUGGGACUGGACUGGGAUCUGAUCUAUGUGGGGCGUAAGCGGCUGCAGGUGAAGCAGCCGGAGCGCUGGGUGGAGGGGGUCAGUAACCUGGUACACCCUGACUAUUCCUACUGGACCCUGGGUUACGCCCUCUCCUUGCAGGGGGCCAAGAGGCUCCUGGGAGCCCGGGCCCUGGGCAAGAUGCUACCUGUGGAUGAGUACCUGCCUGUCAUGUUCAACAAGCACCCAAGGGAGGAGUACAUGGCCCAGUUUGAGCAGAGGGACCUGCUGGCGUUCUCUGUGGAGCCACUGCUCCUCUUCCCCACCCACUAUACUGGCGAGCCGGGCUACUUCAGCGACACAGAGACCUCCACCAUCUGGGACGAUGAGGCCACAACCACCGACUGGGACCGGCAGAACACCCAGCGAAGCAGCAAGCAGGACGGCCAGGGACGGCCUAUGCCCCCAGCCAUCGUCAAGGAAGGAGGAGGCGUGCCCCCAACCUCCUCAGCCAGCAAUCAAAGAGAUGAACUCUGA